AUGUCUUCAUAUGCCAUCACCGGAGCCUCCAAGGGCAUCGGCCGCGAGUUCGUGCGUCAACUCGCUGCCGAUACGACCAACACGGUCCUGGCUAUUGUGCGAGACCCAAAAUCGCCCAAUAUAUCUGAGCUCGCCUCCAAGCACCCUAACGUGCACGUUAUCAAGGGUGAUGUGACGGACCCAAAGUCCAUUCUCGAGGCUGCCUCGGCUGCAGCCGCCAUCACCGGUGGGAAGCUAGACGUGCUUAUCCACAACUCCAACGCCGUUGAUGGGGCCACCAUGUCCUUCAACCCGACCCAGAUGCCCUUUGAUGCUCAAGCCAUUCGGACAAUUUUCGAUCCAGCACUCAGUACGGGCAUCUACGGCGGUCUAUGGACGACAAACGCCUUCCUUCCUCUGAUUGAGAAGGGCGUCCAGAAGAAGAUUGUGCACAUCUCUAGCGGCAUGGCGGAUUUGGAUCUUAUCAAUAAGACUGGUAUCAGUUAUGUUGUCGCGUAUUCUAUCGCAAAAGCCGGCAUGAAUGUCCAAGUCGCCAAGUACGCAGCAGAACUUGCGCCUAGAGGUAUCAAGGUGUUGGCUUUGAGCCCUGGGUGGGUUGAUACAUCGGAGGGAGAGAAACCCACUCAGGUGGUACAAGCGGAUAGAUUCAUGCUAAAGCAGUUUCAGGCAGUCGAGCCUGAACUCAAGGGGCAGAUUCAGCCUGAGGAGAGUGUUCGAAAGAGCCUCCAGGUGAUUGAACGUCUGGAUGCUGAAAGUAGCGGAUUGUUCCUGAGCCACAAUGGAGAUAGGGAAAGGUGGUUUUGA